CAGGAGCCGGAACCCAGUGCCGGGGCUCGCGUUUCCGGCCGGCGGGAUCUAAGCCGUGCACUGCGCGCGCAGAGACCGCGCCGGCGGACUGGGGUCGCUAUGGCAACGCAGCAGCCGGGGAGGCCGCUCCGGACAGCCGCCGCAAUGCCGCCGCCUUCAGGGCAGGCCCUCACCGAGCUGCUGGUCCGCAAAGAGGAAGAGUGGAGAGCGCUGCGGGCCCACGGCUCCCGGCUGCAGGAGGCGGCUCUGCAGGACGCGCGCGGCCGGCUGCAGGAGGCGCAGGGGGAGCUGCGGCGCCUGCAGGAGGACUUCGUCUACAACCUGCAGGUGCUGGAGGAGCGGGACCGCGAGCUGGAGCGCUACGAUGCGGCAUUCGGCCUUGUCCGGGGGCAGGAGGAGGCCCAGCAGGCCGCGGUGAGCGAGCUCAAGAUCGAGGUGGCCAAGCUGAAGCAGGCGCUCGCCAGCGAGGCUGGGCAGCGGGAGGACCUGCAGCAGCUGUACCAGCGGCAGUUACGGCUGCACCGCCUGGAGCUGGAGCGGGUCCGCAGGCGGUCACUCGACCUCGCCAGCGUCCAAAGGCAGAAGUGGUGAAACAUCCAGCCUCACCCUCCCGGGCACCUG